CCACCUGUGUGCGCUGACGUCACGGCGCCACAAUCUCGCGGGCACCUCCACGCCACACGCCACUCACCACACCACCUGCCCGGCCUGCCAUCACACAGUUGAGACUCGGCGGUGCGGAGGGAAGGUCAUCGCCUCCAAGUGAAGCUUUCCGUGACACAGUCUGCUUUCAGAAGUCGAGAUGGGAGGACACGUGACGGUGACGGAAGCAGCGCAGGCCAGGGUGGAGGGUGUGAUGGUGGCAGUGACGUGUGUGCUGGUGGUGUCAUGCUGCCUCCUGGUUUUGCGGUACCUCCGGCAGCGUCACAAGUACUGGCAGCAGCGUGGCGUGCCCUGCCCCCCUGCCCCGCUGCUGGUCGGCCACACCCUGUCACGCAUGGGGCUCACCAGGCCGUUCACCGAGUUUUUCGAUGAGCUGUACUACGACUACAACGGGCGGGACCUCUGCGGCUUCUACGACUUCCUCAAGCCGAGUCUGUUCGUGGGCAACCCGCAGCUUAUCAAGAAUAUUCUGGUGCAGGAUUUUCACAAUUUCGCAGACCGACGCACUUUUGAUCUCGCGAAGGUCAGCCCCGUUGCCAAUGACAUGCUGACUAACGCACGCGGAUCACACUGGCGGAGAGUGCGCAGUGCAGUGUCUCCAGCCUUCACCAAAACUCGAACCCGUCGACUCUAUCCACUUCUGCUCCAGCGCGCCAAACACCUCAUCCGCAUGGUCCACUCAGCCCAGCACGACUCGCCUACACCAAUACUCGCACCCACACCAGCGAGAGAGGAUCCCACAGGGUCUAUAACAGGAAAUGCAGGAGAUUUGGAAGACGCAGCACGCACAACAAGCACCACAGCUAGAGAUAAGAAUGUCAGCACCACAGCAAGGACAGCCAGCACCACACACGCCACCACGGCCACGCAGGAAGAGUCACAAGACUUGCACCACACUACCAUAUCUAUGCCACACGCGCCACAAGCUGACACAGGCACAGACGCAGACACACCACGCACUCAAAACAGUCACACAGCUACGCACACACUACCUCCGCACACACAGCACACGCAACACACUCACGCACACACUACAGACUUGGCGAGACGGAAAACAGACGCACAUAAGCUCGCAACACAAACACACGCAGAUACACACACAUCCAGCCCAGCCAGGAGAAGAAACACUAUCACGGACGAAAGAGAACGAAAACAAGGAGAAACGAGCGAAUAUUUAAAGGGAAAGGAUGGUAUUGAGGCGCGGCGGGUGUGCGGUCGCUACACCAUGGACGCCAUCGCCUCCUGCGCCUUCGGGUUGGAGUGUGAAUCUCUGGACAAGGAGGCCGCCCUGUUUCCCAUCAUGGCCGCCAAGGUGUUCCAGCUCUCCCCAAGCCGCGCCCUAAGGAUAAUGCUGCUGGCGAUAUGUCCUCGUGCGGCGGAGCUUGCGUGUGCAGCGGGAAUCCAGUUCACCAGCGAGGAGUUUCAGUUCUUCAUGAGAGUCUCCAAGCAUGCUCUGGCCUCGCGCCGCGCCUCGCACACCCCAAGGGGAGACUUCAUGGAUAUGCUCCUCGAGGCUUCCGCUGAUAGCAAGCAAGGUUUGAGUGACGACACCCUGGCGGCGCAGACUAUCCUCUUCCUGCUGGCGGGUUACGACAACACCGCCAACACACUGGCCAUGAGUCUCCACCUGCUGGCCCACCACGCGGCGGUGCGGGCCAGGCUAAGGCGGGAGGUGGCGCGCGCUCUGCUCAGGAGCGAAGGUCAGCUGACAUACGACCAGAUCACGGAGCUGCCCUACCUGGACGCCGUGGUGAGUGAGACGCUGAGGCUGUAUCCCGCGGCGCCCGUCAUCGAGAGGGUGUGCACGGCGGCCUACAGACUAGGCGACGUAGAGGUGCCAGUGGGAACAGCUGUUAUCAUGCCUGUGUGGAGUUUGCACCGCGACCCCGCCCACUGGCCACGCCCGCAGACUUUCACGCCAGAGAGGUUCCUGGACGACGCCCGCAAAACACACACCCCUUUCACCUACCUUCCCUUCGGUGACGGACCGCGCGCGUGUGUGGGUAUUCGCUUUGCCCAAGUGGCGGUGAAGGCGGGGCUGGUGACUCUACUCUCCGGGGCUGACAUACUGCCUAACCCCGCGUCGCCCUACCCAGCUGUCCUCGACCCUCGCAUCCUGACGCUACAGCCGAAGGGAGGGCUCUACAUCAACUUCAAGCCCACGCCCCUGCCCGUCCUGCUGCGUGGAGAGAUGGAGGAGCACCCGCCUGUAAGCCCUCAGGAUGUGGCGGUAACGGAGGAUCUCCAGCGGUUGCUUUCCGAGUGCCACAGUGACGAGUGAUGAGUGUGGUGAGGUAUAGUGGUUGUGCUUGGCUAAGAGGCGACGCAGGGUUGGAGUGUGGCCAGUAUUCAGAAACGCUUUGGUCUCUAUCUCACCACGACUAUUUUCAAAGGCCACAGAGAUGAUUACCUGGGUUCUCAAGAGUGUUUCUCGUGUUAAUAAUAUAGAAAUCUUGUAAAUCUGUCACCAGACCCGUAAAAACAUCCUCAAUAACCCGUACCACUUCAACUAGAGCCUUUUGAAAGUAGUAGAGGUGCGGCGCGGGAGUGUUUCAGAAUAUGGUCCUAUGUCAGACCAUGUGUUUUGUUGAAUGAUGUGAUAAUUCGUCAUUUCUCGAGGCCACCGGUACCUCGCAGGACUAAGAGGCGACGCACGUGUAGAAUAUAUGAGAUAAUGUGUUCUGUGGACUGCUGUGAAGCCUCCUCCUUUCUCGAGGCCACCUGCAUCUCGUCCGCUGAGUAUACUUAGCUUUGUCAACGAUAAAAGACGGCCGUCUGAGUGCAAAUAUGAUGGCUCUGUGUGUUGAUUUUCUUGCUGUUGUGUGUGUGUGUGUGUGUGUGUGUGUGUGUGUUGAUAACUUUUUCUUUUUCUUUCCUUAUCCUAUAUUUUUUUUAUUUAAAGAAGGAUUCUGGCCAAGGACAACACUACUGGGAAGAUAAAAAAAAGGCGAACUGAAGGUACCAGUCCGCCAGUCCCUUUAGAAUACAGUAGGAAAGCAAGUCCAAAAAAAAAAGAAAAAAAAAACUUGAUUGUUAAGCGUCUGUCUGUCAUGCAAGUCCAGGGUGUGUGUUUAUUUAAUACUACGAUGGUUCUGUGCGUCACGUUUCGUCCUGUGUUUGCUGCCACGCUUUCACCAACAUUUUUAAGCCAUCCACAGUUUACUUAGGCGAAACAUUACUUUGGAAGAGGACAAGAGUGUGGAAGAGGACAAAAAGUGAGGAAUUACUUGAGAGGGGAAUAAGAGUGUGGAAGAGGACAAAACCGUGGAAUUAACUGGGAGGAGGAUAAGAGUGUGGAAGAGGACAAAAAGUGAGAAAUUACUUGAGAGGGGAACAAGAGUGUGGAAGGGGAAAAAAUGUGGAAUUACUUGGGAGGAGAAGGAAAGUGUAUGCUUACUUGUACUGAGGACCUUGCAUGGUGGUGAGGUGAGCUAAUGAACGCCACUCUUGUUGUAGAUUUAAGUUCAAAGGUCUUACAUUACAUUCAUUUGUCUCAGGUGUGUUAUUAUUACUUUAUUUGAUUACUACUACUACUACUACUACUACUACUACUACUGUUGCUACUACUACUACUACUACUACUACUACUACUACUACUACUACUACUACUAUUGCUAUCAUACGAGUACAUAUUAGUCUUAACCAACGUCAUCAUCAACGAGGGGAUGACAUGUUUCCGGUGCUAUCUUUGUACAAGUUCGCUACUUUGUUAACAGACAGACAGAUAUUCGCCGCUUCAGUCAGGCGGACCUGUAGGCGAUGUCUGGUACUAACUAUACGUCAUCUUGUUUUUUCUUUAUGUUUUCAAUCACCUCAUUGUCCGUCGGUUAAGUUGAACGUAUCGUUUAGACUAUCAGGGGAAGGUUGAGAGAGAGAGAGGGUGGGAAGGGUAUGCAAGUUGCAGCAAAAUAGUGUUACUCAGACUGUCAUCUUGUCCCUGUUGUUUGUAAUAUAAAUCCACGAAUGACU